CCAAUCCAAACAGAAUCCGCCGAAGCAGAGGCCGCCUUCACCCAGCUGAUCGAGGAUCUCUCCGCCGUGGGCUUCGCAACCGAGGUUCGGCCCGGCCGCACGCCCUCCUCCCUGCUCAUCUUCGUCAAACUGGCCUCCCCGGCCCGGCUCAAGUCCCAAGUCUACCGCGCCCGCGUGCAGGACUGGCUCUUUGGCGUGCGGCCCUCCGCCCCGACCCCUUCCGAUCCCUUCUGCUCCUCCUUCUCAUCGCCGUCGUCAGCCGACAAUGCCGCCGCCAUAGACCGCUACUUUGCCGAGGAGGAGCCCGUCACCGAGGCGGAGCGGCUGCGCCUGGCCUACGAGCUCAUCACGCGGCCGCGCAACGAGGGCGGCGGGGCCGGCGUCACCCCAGGCCGCGGCCGCUGGCGCUUCGUCGGCAGCAUCUUCCCCCUGCACGACCGCGCCUUCAACCGCGCCUGGAUCGCCGGCUGGAGCAAGAAGUACUACCUGGACGAGUCCGAUAUCAACCUCAUCCGCUACCGGUUCGGCGAGCAGGUCGCCUUCUACUUCGCCUUCCUGCAGUCCUACUUCCUCUUCCUCGUCUUCCCUGCCGCCUUCGGCUUCGCCGCUUGGCUGCUGCUCGGCCCCUUCUCGUGGGUCUACGCCGUGGUCAACUGCCUCUGGGCCGUCAUCUUCUUCGAGCACUGGAAGAUGAAGGAGGCCGACCUGGCGGUCCAGUGGGGCGUCAGGGGUGUCGGCCGGAUCCAGCUGCCCAGGACGCAGUUCAAGUUUGACCGGGAGGGCAUUGAUCCCGUGACGGGCGAGGUGGUCAAGCUGUACUCGCCCUACAAGAGGCUGGCCAGACAGCUGCUGCAGGUGCCUUUCGCGGCCGCCUGCGUGCUGGCGCUGGGCGGCGUCAUCGCCGGCUGCUUUGCCAUCGAGAUCUUUGUCAACGAGGUCUACAACGGCCCGUUCAAGCAGUACUUGGCAUUUCUGCCGACCGUUCUCCUCACCAUCUUUAACCCCACGCUCACCGCGCUUCUCACCCGCUUGGCCGAGAAGCUGACCGAGAUUGAGAAUUACAGAACCCGUGACGCCCACCAAGCGGCCUUUGUCCAAAAGGUCUUCGUCAUCAACUUCAUCACCUCCUACCUGGGUAUCUUCCUGACGGCCUUCGUCUACGUGCCUUUCGGCAAGAUCCUGGUCCCCUACCUCGACGUGUUCAAGCUCACUGUGCAGCGUUUCACCGCUGAGGGGCAGCCACUGCCGACCAUGGACUGGAAGAUCAACCCCGACAGGCUGACGCGCCAGGUCAUCUACCUGACGGUGACGGCGCAGAUUGUCAACUUUGCGACCGAGAUCGUCGUGCCGUACGCGAAGCGCAAGCUCUUCCGGACCGUCGAGCGGGUGCAGUCGGAGCUCUCGGACAAGGGUGGCGCGGCCGAGCGGCAGAAGAAGCGGCAGCAGCGGGACCAGCCCGAGGAGGCCGCCUUCCUCGAGCGGGUGCGCGACGAGGCCGAGCUGGACGAGUACGACGUGGCCAUCGACUACCGCGAGAUGGUGGUCCAGUUCGGCUACCUCUCGCUCUUCUCGGUCGUCUGGCCCCUCACCGCCUGCUCCUUCCUCGUCAACAACUGGAUCGAGGCCCGCUCCGAUGCCAUGAAGAUCGCCGCCAACUGCAAGCGCCCCAUCCCCUGGCGCGCCGACUCCAUCGGGCCCUGGCUGGGCGCCCUCGGCUUCCUCUCGUGGAUGGGCAGCCUCACCAGCGCCGCGCUCGUGUUCCUGUUCAAGAACGGCACCGGCGGGCUGGACGGCUCGCCGUGGGAUAUUCGCGGCUGGGCGUUGCUGCUGUCGAUCCUGUUCGCCGAGCACGCCUACCUGCUCGUGCAGCUCGUGGUGAGGAACGUGAUCCGCAAGCUUGACAGCCCCGGCCUGCAGAAGGAGAGGAGCGAGCGGUACGCCAUCCGGAAGAGGCUGCUCGAGAGGAUGGGCGACUGGGACGUGAGCGACGAUGCCCGGGCCGGCGGGCCGGGGGUCGGCGCCGGCGCCGGCGCCGGUACUGGUGAGAAGAUCACGAGGGACGCGCUCGAGGAAGACGCCAGGCGGCUGUCGGUGGCGGGCGAGGGCAAGCCGGAGCAGCUAUUCUGGCAGAGACAGAGGAGUGCUGCCGAGACGAUCCAGGUCGGCAGGGCUCUAAUUGCCGAGGCCAGAGAAUAG